AUGCAGCCGUUCCAGAGCGGUUGGUCCACCUCGCAGAUGAACCUGUCGCAGUACAACGACACAGACGAGUGCAAUGCGCGUCCCGUGGCUGAGGACACGUGCCUCAUGUUCCCCGGUCACUCGAAACUGGAGUGGACGUUCGCCGUGAACGCAUGGAUCUUCGGUGCCAUGGUUGGCUCGCUGUGCUGCGGCCACUUCAGCGACAAGUACGGCCGUAAGAAGGCUCUCAUGGGCAACUGUAUCUUCAUGAUCGUUGGUGGUGUGGUGCAGGCAUCUGUGUCGAACAUUUGGGUGUUCGCUGUUGGCCGUCUGAUCGCCGGUAUUGCUUCGGGUACGGCCACGGCCACCAUCGGCGCCUACAUCAACGAGCUGUCGCCGCCGCACAUGCGUAACACGCUUGGUCUGGGCCUUCAGAUCUUCACGACUAUCGGUAUUUUGGUGCCGGCGAUCUGCUUUUUCUUCGCCAACACGAGCUCUGGCUGGCGUUACCUGGCUGCGUUCCCCGUGGUGCUGGCCGUCAUCUACCUGCUGCUGGCGCCGACCAUGUGCAUUGAAAGCCCUGCAUGGCUUCUGACCCAGGGCCGCACGGAGGAGGCCAAGGAAGUGAUCGCUCGUCUGUAUGGCGAGGAGCACGUGCAGACGGCUCUGUCGUGGCUGCAGGUGAGCAAGAAGCCGGAGAACGCUGAGGAGGGCCUCGCUGCUCCCAAGCAGGAGUCCAUGUUCAACCCUCGCUACCGCAUGCAGCUUCUGGGUGGUAUUCUGCUGUCGUGCGCUCAGCAGCUUUCGGGUAUCAACGCUGUGUUCUACUACUCCGGCAGCAUCUUCUCGGACGCCGGUAUCUCGGACUCGCGUGUGGGUACGCUGAUCAUCGACUUCAUCAAUAUCUUCCCCGCCUUCUUCACCGGUGUGCUGGCCAACCGCUUCGGUGCUCGCAACAUGAUCCUCUGGGGUCUGUCGGGUAUGGUGGUCAUGUCCAUCGGUAUGACGGUGGCUUUCGUGGUGGACGUGUCUGCUCUGUCGAUUGUGUUCACUGCUCUGUACGUGAUCGUGUUCGGUGUGACGCUGGGUCCUCUGGUGUGGGUGAUGACUGCCGACAUUUUCCCGGACUCGAUCCGUGCCAGCGCUUCGUCGCUUUGCAUUGGUAUCAACUGGCUGUGCAACCUCAUC